AUGCGCUGUUUCGACACGUCACGCAUCUACAUCAAAGCCGGAGACGGCGGCAACGGCUGCGUCGCGUUCCGACGGGAGAAGUUCGUCGAGCACGGCGGGCCGUCGGGCGGCAACGGUGGCCGAGGGGGGAACGUAUGGGCUGUCGCCGACGACGGCCUCAACUCCCUCUCCACCUUCCGCGGCCAGGUGCAUUUCCGCGCGGACAACGGCGUCAACGGCCAGGGUAGCAACUGCGACGGCGCCGACGCGGAGGACCUGAUGGUGAAGGUGCCGCUGGGAACCAUAGUCCGCCGCCGUGACGCCGGCUCCGACGAGCCGCCGCUGGCGGAGCUGAUUACCCCCGGCCAGCGUGCGCUGCUGGCGGCUGGUGGGCGUGGCGGCCGCGGCAACUUCUCUUUCAAAACCGCGCGCGACCGCGCACCCACCAUUGCAGAGAAAGGGGAGAAGGGUGAGGAGCUUUGGGUAGACCUCGAGCUCAAGGUGGUGGCGGACGUGGGCAUCAUCGGCGUGCCUAACGCCGGCAAGUCCACGCUUCUAUCCGUCGUGACUGCAGCACGGCCCAAGAUCGCCAACUAUCCGUUCACGACCUUAGUUCCGAAUCUUGGCGUUUGCGAAAUGGACUACCGUACGACCGUCUUUGCGGACGUGCCGGGUUUGCUUGAGGGCGCUCACGAGGGGCUGGGGCUAGGUCACGAGUUCCUUCGCCACGUGCAGCGUUGCCGAGUGCUGGUCCACGUCAUCGACGGCACCAGCCCCGACCCAGUUGGCGAUUUCAACGCGAUCAAUCUCGAGCUGGAGCUCUUUAACCCGGGGUUACGAGACAAACCUCAGAUUGUGGCGUACAACAAAAUCGACACGCCGGAUUCAGGGGACUUUUGGGAGCUAGUUGCGGAUCAGUUGACAAACGAGUAUGGCGUGGCGCCGGACCGGCUGUUUCCCAUAUCUGCCGCAACUGGCCAGGGCGUGACGGCGCUCGUACGGGCCGUACGAGCCGUACUGGACGAGCUGGGCCCGGCGACGCUGUCGUACGAGACCAACGCGCUGAACCAGACGGCGCUGCCAGCACGCCGCGAUGUGCGGAUCGAUGAGUUUGUUGUGUCCGUGGAGGAGGUGUCGACGUCGGGUGCAGGCGGCGGCGAUGGUGGCUCUCGAGUGUUUUAUGUGGAGGGCGAAGGCAUUGAGCGUUUCGCGCAGAUGACGAACUGGGACUAUUACGAAGCCGUGAAACGAUUCCAAAGAGUGCUGGAAGUUUCCGGAAUAAACAGCGCGUUGCGGGCUCGGGGGGUCAAGACGGGGGAGUCCGUUGUCAUCGGCGAUACGGAGUUCUCCUGGAGUGAUGACCAAUCCGACGCGGCAGUGUACGACAGCUGGCUGCGGGACAUGAAGGAUCGGGGUGUGAACCGGCAGGGCACGGCACGGUGGCCCCACCCCGAUGUGCGCUGA